AGUUAGUAGAAAAGCCUGAGGAAUGGACAGAGAACUCAGGUUACACUGGAAGGCAACAGUCAGCUGCUGCUAGCAUAGGGAGAGGCACUCAGGAUGGGAUGCUGGAUUUUGAAUGAAAAACUCUCAGUGCUGUUAUUAAUGGUGUGGCUGGGACUGAAUUUCUAUUUGUUUAUUGAUACCUUCCACUGGUAUGAAGACGAAGAUGCUUACAUUUAUACACGGAUUAUGCUGGGAUCAACCCUGGCUUGGGCAAGAGCUUCUGCAACAUGCCUUAAUUUUAACUGCAUGCUAAUCCUGUUACCAGUCAGUAGAAACCUUAUUUCAUUCUUACGAGGAACAAGCAUUUGCUGUGGAGGAGCACUGAGGAGACAGCUUGACAAAAACAUCGCAUUUCACAAGAUGGUUGCCUACGGAAUAGCUGUAAAUGCAACCAUCCAUAUUAUUGCCCACUUGAUCAACAUCGAGCGGUAUCAUACCAGCCAGUCAAAGGAAGCCGGGGCAUUACGGAAUAAACUUUCUGGCCUUGGCAAGAGCCCAAAUGAAAGCUACUUGAACCCAAUCAGGACCUAUGAAACGAACACAACAGGAGAGCUACUAACGACUGUAGCUGGAAUAACUGGAGUUGUGAUAACUGUGGCUUUAAUUCUGAUCAUGACUUCAUCCACUGAGCUCAUCAGAAGGUCAUGCUAUGAGAUGUUCUGGUAUGCGCAUCACCUCUUUGUGGUUUUCUUCAUUGGUUUAAUAACCCAUGGUAUGGGUCAGCUUGUCCGGGGUCAGACGCCUCAGAGUCUGCUGCUUCACAAUGUCACUUACUGUAAAGACCACUACUUGGAAUGGGAGAACGCCACCCAGUGCCCUCUGCCUCAGUUUUCCGGCAACAAACCUGUGGCUUGGAAGUGGGUUUUAAGUCCUAUGGUGCUGUAUAUAUGUGAAAGAAUUGUUAGGUUUUGGAGAUUUCAACAGGAGGUGGUCAUUACUAAGGUGGUGACACAUUCCUCUGGAGUCCUUGAGCUUCACAUGAAGAAACGUGGCUUUAAAAUGGGACCUGGUCAAUAUAUCUUUCUACAGUGCCCAUCAGUCUCACAGUUGGAGUGGCACCCUUUCACUCUCACCUCAGCUCCUGAGGAGGACUUCUUCAGCGUUCACAUUCGGGUCGUCGGGGACUGGACUGGGGCCCUCUUCAAGGCCUUCGGAGCUGAGGAAAAAGCUUUCAAGGAAUUGUGGAUGUUACCAAGGGUGGCUGUGGAUGGACCGUACGGAUCUGCAGCCACAGAUGUCUUCCACUACCCAGUGAGCGUGUGCAUUGCAGCAGGGAUCGGAGUCACGCCGUUCGCCUCUGUUUUGAAAUCCAUUUGGUACAAAUGCUGCAACCCCAACACAGGGCUGGCGCUGCAGAAGGUUUAUUUUUACUGGAUUUGUCGAGACCCAUCAGCAUUUGAGUGGUUUGCUGAUCUUCUGUUCCACUUGGAAACAAAAAUGGCUGAAAAAGGAAAAAAUGAUUUUCUAAGUUAUCGUAUAUUUCUUACCGGCUGGGAUGAAAGUCAGGCUACUCACAUAGCCCUACAUUAUGACGACAAGAUGGAUGUAAUUACCGGUUUGAGACAGAAGACUUGCUAUGGAAGGCCAAACUGGGACAAUGAGUUCAAGCAACUAGCCGAAAACCAUCCUAGCAACAGUAUUGGAGUAUUCUUCUGUGGACCCAAGACUCUCUCUAAGAUCCUUCAAAGGACAUGCAACUCAUAUUCAUCAGUUGAUCCAAGAGGAGUUCAGUUUCACUAUAACAAAGAAAGUUUCUAGCCUGUACUUCUUAAUUAUUUAAUUGCUAUUACCAAGUUGUGUGGUUUUUCCUCACCUUCUCCUGUCCUCUACUCAUUCUGCAGCACUCAUUGAAGUAGGGCCACUGACUUCAAUAGAAAAAUGCCAUUCUGUGCCAACUAAAGAUUUGGACACCACCCUUAGCCUUUCCUUCAAAGAACUGAAAGGCUGAUUGCUUACUUAAUGAUGCUGUGAAUCCACCUACAUCUGUGUGAAAACAAGCACAAACCACUACCCUUUGAAGAAAAAGGCAUGAGCAACACGGACAUUGAGAACUGUACCUCACUGUUGUGUAUGAUCAAACUACCACCAUAGGCAACACUCACAUUCCUGCUGUUUAAAUCGUGCCCAGACAUUCAAAGCAUUUUCCUUCCUGGUGUUGUGAUUUUGCACUUCUUAUAGCUUCCCGCUGCACACACAUCCACCUCUACAUCCCCGGUUGUGCCGUAGCAAUACCAUUUAUAUACACACUGUCCAACAAAUUCCUUUUAUCCUACCAAACUAUGCACCAUUUAAAUCUGCCAUUUCUGUAGUGAUGCUGGCUGUGCAUGCCUUAAAAUAAUAUGUUCUGAGGAUUAAUAUGUUAAGGAGACCCCAGAAACCUUUGCACUCAGCAAAUGGAUCUCCUGAGACAGGAAACCCAAACUGGAAAAAAGUUUCAGGUGUCCUUUAAAUGUCACACGACUUCAUGGGCACUGAAGAACAGGCUUUAAAAGAUACAAAAUCAAAGAUACAUGACAGAGUGACUGAGGUGGGAAGGCACCCCUGGAGAUCACCUACCCCAAACCCCCUGCUCAGAGCUGAUUCUGUGAAGACAGGAGUGACAUUUGCAUUCUUCCAGUCGUCAGGAACCUCCUCCCAUCACCAUGACCAUUCAAAAAUAAUGACAAAUGGCGAGCUCCCUCAGCACUUGUGGGUGCAUCCCUUCAGUUCCCAUGGACUUGUUCAAAAGCUCCCUAACCUGAUCCUCCUUCACUGAGGACAAGUUUGCAUUGCUUCAGAUUUUCCCAUUUGCCUCAGGAGCCUGGGAUUUCUUACCUGUAAAGACUGAGGUGAAAAAGGCAUUGAGUACCUCUAUCUUCUGUGUGGCCUUAGGCACCAGGUCCCCCACUCCAUUCAGCAGCAGACCAACAUUUCCCUUGUAUAUCUAUUUUACUCGGACUAGUUACCUGUUCUCUGCUACCCUCAUGCAGCACUGAGACGUAGGUACAAACCAGUAACUCAUCUUUUCACCUCUGCAAACCUUCUCAGGCAGCUGCUGGGAGUCCUGAAAUACCACUGAGGCCACCUGCAGAGCUGCUGGAAACGCUGUUGUUUGACCACAGUCUUUCUAACAACUCAUCCAGGGCCCAUGGACUGUUCCCUGGAGCCACAUCUUCUAACGUGCUGGGACUAACGUAAAGCUAUGCAUGCCAUCUGUAAAACCACUGGUGCUUUCUCCAAAAGAGGACUGUCUCCAGCUGGAUAAGUCAGCCAGCCUUGCAGCACCUUGUAUAUCAAAGCAACGAAACAGUGGCCUUCAUGCAACCCAAAUCUUUACUGAUCUUCUCGUAGCCCUCACUGGCACCCCAGCUGCCAUGGCUAUAGGUCCUGUCCCCUAAAGCAGUCCUUCCCUCACAGCCUUGUACUCCUCAUCUUUGUCAUCUCAGUAUAUCGUUGCCACCUCCCUAGACCUGAUAUUGUCUUCCACCUUCUAGUAUUAUUUGUACUUUGUGACAUUAGCAUUACUAAGCACAUGGAGCACAGGAUAAAUCCAGAGUGAGGGAGAAAUAAAAUGAAAAAUACGCAAAUAUUGUAACAUUCACGUAAGCUAGAAAAGUUGAAAAGUGAGAAAACUAUUUCCCUAUUCCCAGCACAGAAAGUUAAGCUAUAUUCAAGUUGGACUGAAGUGUAACAGAGCUCACUAGGAGGCAUUUACCCAGCACACAAUAAACAUGGGAGGUAGAAAACACCCUGUGUAUGUCAGCACUCAAAUAAGACAAAUGACAACAUUAUAUAUGUAUACUUACACACACACAGAAAAAUGCCCACUAGAGGGGACAUAACUGUAUAGACAAAAGAAAGUGAAUAAUAAAAAUUAUGCCACAGAAGACUCCAAUAUUAUUUUAUACCUCUUCUAUUAGGGGAUACAGUAUGUGUGAACUGAGACUGUUCAACAAGAUACAGUUGUAUUACUAUUAAGUUUAGGGCAAUGCAUCUUUGUUUUAAAAUUGUUGAAGUUUUUUUAAAUGCCUGCCUAUGUGAAAUGAUUAAUGCGGUGCAUACUGUGUAGCAGUAGAGUGAGUGGAGAAUUAGAGCCUCUGCCAGUUCACCUAGAGGCAUUUAUCUUUUAUUUUUUUCCCUGGUGCCCGUGCUGAGCCUCAGGGUAAGCUGACACAUUUUUUAACAUAAAUUAAGCUUCUUUUUUUUAAUGUGUGUUGAAAAUCUUGAAGGAAAUGAGAAAUGUGUGUAGGCACCAAUACCAGCUGCCAUUGCAUGAAAGAAAGAGGUGACAAUUUCCUGCAGAUUCUGAAUGAUUGUUUUAAUGGGGUUGGAUCGGAGGUAACAAGCACAAAGAUAUUGUGCUGCCAGAAAAACAGGAUCUGUUCUCCCCCU